CGUUUUGUAUGUGCGAUCGAGAAAUAGUGAUUGACUAGCAAGUUAGCAACGUUUCUGUUAUUGUUUGCACUUUCAUAUUCCUGUUAUUCCAUGGUCCAGUUACUUAGACAUAUUGCUUAUUGUUUUUAUAAAAGAAUGAAACUGUGAAGUGCACUUUAGAGCUUGGGUGAUAUAUGAGAUUUCUCUUAAAAUGGCUACCGUUUUCGAUAGUCCAUUUAUCAGACAACGUUUACAUCGGCUACGGCAUAGAGACUUCGAUCUGGAUGAAGAGCAGAGGUUCGGCAGAUGUGACUGCACCAGUUAUUCGUAUUUCGUGCUUUCUAUGGUCCUUUUUUCUGUCGGAACUGUUAUUACAGUCCUUGCCUUGGGAGAUGCCGAUGGUUACAUCUUGAGUAACUUAGGACACAUGUGGCUAGUGGGACCAAUAUUUAUAUGUUCCGGAAUGAUGGUAGCAGUGAAGAGUAUGCUAUAUUUGCGGCGAAAAAGUGUAAUACAAAUGCUGCUUCACCAACGUGCAAUAAUUAGGGACAUGGCAGCAGUUCAAGCCGAACAAUCUUACAGCGGCCAGGUCCCGAGAACUGCAUCCAGUGCCACCCUACCUCCAUCCUAUGACGCCUUAAUAUCAAGUGCUGCUCCGAGCAAACCGCAACCAUCAAGCUCUGAACCCCCUCCUCCGACUUACGACGAAGCAAUGUGUCUCAUUGAUGAUGGAAAAAUAGCAGAACGAAAUGGCGAAGCUAAGGAAGAAACUAGCAAUCAAAACGACAGUGCCAAACCAUGAGGCACGCUUGCAUUUGGUACAUUUGUUAUUCUAGCAGAGACUAUUAAUAAUGACUACUAAUUUCCAUGCUAUUUUCCAUUAGCCUUAAAUUUGAUAUGCUGCAUUUUUUCCAAGAUUCUUUUUGAUUGUUGAGGAGGCUGUAACACUUGCCUUGUGCAUAAUUAAGGGUAAAAUUUUCACUGGACUUGUUGCAGUGUAGCUGUAGACUAUCAUUUUAUAGUAGGGGAGUCCAAAUGGUGGUUUUUGUAAUUCCUAAAGUCAUAUAACCACUCUGUAUGUUGAUGAACACUUUUAGGCUGCAUUUAAAUAUUCAACUCACAGGUACCAAGUCAUCACUUACAUCCUAACCCCCUUAUUCAUAAACGUACACUAAAGUUAUCAAGCCAAGUCAAGAUAAAGUUUGUUUGUCCCUUUCCGACGUAUUGGUGUGAUAGACAGGGAUAAACGAACUUUAUCGCCUUGAUAACUUUAGUGUACGUUUAUGAAUAAGGGGUAACCAUGUAACUCCUAAUAUCACCUUUUGGUCUCCCCAACUACUGGAAUAUUGCAUUUUGUCUGGAAACUAGUUGUCUUUACAUUUUAAAUCUCUGCAUCUAGUUGUUUAAGGUUAACUUAAUCUCCUUGUAUGUACUUAUUGACAUACAUGUAUAUACAUUAGUUAACUAAUAUUCUCUAUUGUGCCUAAAAUUGAAUUACCUAGUGGUACUGCUAACUUUUUAUACAGUGACGAAGAUUUAUAGAAAUAUGGAAUUAAUUGGGAAUAAGUUUGCAUACACAUUGAAACAGUAUAUUUUGCAAGUUUAUGUGUGUAUGUGUAGUCACCAGCAUAAAGAAGUGAUGAUAUUUGUUCUAAGUUAAGUCUAAGUUUCGUGACGCAUUAUUUUUACUGUUAUGUCAUAGUAAACGUGUUUUACUAAAAUAAAAAAUAAAAUGGUUUUGGUACCUUGUUGCUUUUAAUCGUUUGACAAUUUCGUAUUAAAUUUCAAACAAGACUUUAAUAUGACAAGGUACAGAAAUCAUCACUUCUUUAUGCCGGUGACUGUGUGUACAUUAUGUUUAGUUGCAUAAGUUCACUUUAUGCAUGGGGACUAGACUUGAAGAUAAUUUACAGUCACCAGCAAUAACAUGUUUCUCUUCGAAGGUCAAAAAAUAUGUGGCAUGCUCAUAUUGCUCUUCAAAUAAGAUCAGGGCUCUUAGGAAGGUUUUCCAUUGUUCCCGGUCAACAAGGAACACCAUUCAAAAGAAAAAAAUCACUGAGCACUGCUAAUAGGUUAUUGAUUUCCGAAUGGUGUUCCUUGUUGACUGGGAACAAUGGAAACCUUCCUAAGAGCCCUGAUCUUAUUUGAAGAGCAAUAUGAGCAUGCCACAUAUUUUUGUGUCAGAUAUUUUUGCGGCUUUCGAAGAGAAACAUUAUGCCGGUGACUAGUAUACUAAAAAAUUGACUAUUCAUAAGUUUGACAUUUAAUAGCGGGAUUUAACAACUCUGUAGCAUGUGGCUUGAAACUCAAACUACUACAAUACGAGGUUUAAAAAAAAUCUGUAACUUGUGUUUUAACCUGAGAAUGUUGCAUUUAAAUUAACUUGCAAAAUGUAGGUCAUUGCCAACAAUGCCAUAUCAUUAUGUUUACUUUAAUCUUAUCUCUGUACUUGCAAGAAACUUGGCUGUUUGCAAAUACACAUAUGUUUGGCUGCCGUUAUUGCUUACUACAAUGAAAAAGAUACAGUUGAAUUCAUAAAUAUGUGUACAGUUUUUCACCUUAUUGCAACUAAUUAAAGUGAAGAAAUGUACACAUAUUUAUGAACUUGGCUGUACAAGAAGCAUUAAAUGCAGAUAUGCAGUACUUAUCUCCCAAUGAUCAAAUAUAAGAACAUUUUCUUCCAGUGUGGGUAGGACGUUAUUUGUUAAACUAUUAAUGUUGUCAUAUGUUCCCAAGUUAGCAAUAUGGUGUAUUCUCAUUUGUUCCUAUUCAGGAAUCAGUUGGGAAUAAAUGGGAAAAAUAUUCCUAAUUAGUCGAGUCCACACAGAGCGAGGCACGUCGCGGGGCGAAUUCUUCGCGCGGCGAACGUGCUAUGUAAGUACAGUCAAGUUCAUAAAUAUGUGUACAUUUUUUCACCUUAUUGCAUAGAGUUAAGGUGAAGAAAUGUACACAUAUUUAUGAACUCGACUGUAGACGUGCCUCGGCCUAGCAACUUGCCUUGCUACAUGCCUCGGAGCACAUGCCUCGCUCUGUGUGGACCCGGCUAUUAUCUCCAGGGUUUCGUAUAGAAAGAGACUAAUAA